AUGUCGCAAAAACAUUUGCAAAACAAGGAUUCGAACGAUGGUAGUAUUGACGAUGAUUCCUCCACUGUAGCACCUUCGCAAGUGACUUAUUCCAGAUCGCAGGGUUCUUUCAUAAUACACGGUGAAGAUGAUGACGAUGAGGUUUUGGACGAUUCUUCUACGGCGGUUUCAGGAAAUGUGCAUACGCUGAAACCUCACACGAGCUCUCAUACGAGAUCUUUAUCCAGUGAAAGGAUGUUAUCGGCACAAUUGAGUCAGAUGAAUUACAACAAUAAUCGUGUAAGUCUUAAUAGGGCCAUUUUACAAGUACAAGAUCUUUUACAACAGCUUGAUGUGGAGAACCAGGAAAGACCUAUUCACUUGCCCAUUAAAGUGGACGGAUUACAUGUUUUAAAAGUCCAAGUGAAGAUUGAUGGUAAUUAUUCCAAAUCGGAUGAAAUCAACUUGGAUAAAAAGGCAUUAGCCAAAUUGUUGAGAGCUCAAAUCAAAGAUGCUUUCAACCAUCUAAACUCUUUGCAAAAACGUGUUGAUGAUGUGUCUUCUAAAGUUUUCAUCACAGGUGAUGUUAAUACGGGGAAAUCAAGCUUUUGUAAUUCAUUGCUGAGGCGCAGACUGCUACCAGAGGAUCAAUUGCCCUGCACUAAUGUAUUUUGUGAAAUUUUAGAGGCAAGAGAAAAUGAUAAUUUGGAAGAAGUCCAUGCUUUCCCCAUUGAAAGGUCAAAAUCAGCUAAAGAGGCAAACGCUGUCUAUAACAUCAGAGAUAAAUCUACUUAUGAGACCUUUCCCUUGACCGAAUUGGAUGAAUUGGUUUUGAAAAAUGAUGAAUACGUUUUGCUCAAAGUUUACAUCAAGGAUGAUAAGAGACCUCCUGAAAAUAGUCUUUUGAGAAAUGGUACCGUUGAUAUAUCUUUAAUCGAUUCACCAGGGCUAAAUAUGGACUCGGUACAGACUGCAGAAGUAAUGACUCGUCAGGAAGAAAUCGAUCUUGUAAUAUUUGUCGUAAACGCUGAAAACCAAUUGACAUUGUCGGCCAAAGAAUUUAUCUCUCUAGCAUCAAGAGAAAAGAAGCUUAUGUUCUUUGUGGUAAAGAAAUUCGACAGGAUUAGAGAUAAACAAAGGUGCAAAGAUUUGAUUUUGAAACAGAUUAAGGAUCUAUCACCAGAGACUUACAAAAGUUCCUCACAAUUUAUUCAUUUUCUGGCAAGUGAAGGUGGUGGCCCAGGUGGUGAACCAGAUGACAAUGAUGGUGAUGACGACGAGCCUCACGGGGAUGAAGAUCCUGAUCCAGAUUUUGACCAUUUGGAGAAUUCUCUACGAAAUUUUGUUCUGAAGAAAAGGUCACUGUCCAAACUACUGCCAGCCAAGACGUAUUUGUGCAAAAUUCUAAGUGAUUUACAAAGCAUCGUAGAAUUUAACGUUAUGAAAUACCGUGAAGAAGAUGAAUCAUUAAGAAGACAGAUGGAGGAAUUGAAACCUGAAUUGACUAAAGUGAAAGAAGGCUGCGACGGAUUGUCCAAUAGCGUCGACAAAUUAGCCGAACAAAUCGUAACAGAUACUUACGAAUUUACAAGGCAGAAAAUAAUAUCUUCUUUGGAAAUUCCACUUAAUGAAUUUCCCAAAUAUCAAGGUCUGUCGCAACUUCACGAUUUCAUAUUCCAAACGGAACAGUACAUCAAAGAUCGCAUUAAGGAGUGCGUUUUAUCCAGUGAAAUUUACGCCAGAGGUCAAACCCAACAAUCAGUGGAGGAAAUUAGUAAUUUGGGUAAAGAAGAAUUGGGUGAUGAAUUUAUGUCCAAUCGUGUUUUCAAAAGUGAUUUGAUGUUUACCAAGAGACGCCAUUUCUUUGGUAAAAAAUUAUCUGUACCCUUAUCAAUGGUUGAUCUCUUUGCGCCCUCAUGGGAAGGGUUCUUUGGAUAUAUGACAUGGGGUAUUGGGUUCCCCACGGCGACUACUACAGCUGAGAGCGAAGCUACUGCACCUGAUGAAAAGAAAACCGAUAACGGGUUCACUACAGCCUUGGGUCUCACGAGUUACUCUUUGAACCAGUACUGGUGUAAACCUUCCCUAAUAUUUACUUCCAAAAUUCCUACACUGGCAGUGUAUUCUGUUGGUGGUGCCAGACUAAUGAGAAACGUGGUGAUCCACGGCGUACAGUUCUUUUCAUGGAAUGCGAUAAAGAAAAUAUCAGGGUCUUUGUUUAUAGUGGGUACUGUAUUGGGUGCGGCCUAUUUGGUACACGAUUUGCCUAGAGCACUGCCACAAAAUUUGUCGCUCAAGUACAGGAAAGCCUUACAGGAAAGUGACUAUGUGCAUGCUAAUUCCGAGAGGAUCUCUAAGGAGGUGCGUGAAGUGUUACGAACCCCCACUCGUGAGAUAUUAAAAUCCUGUGAGUUAGUACUCGAGAAGAAAAAUGGUGCUCAAAGAGAGCUCGAGAAAAGACGUCAUGACAAUACCCUGUCGAUCAAAUACCUGCAACAAAUCCACGAAAGAGCAGCCUCUCAGCGCAAGAUAGUGGAACGUAUUAAUUUAGAGGUGGACUAA